AUUGGGUGCCUCAUUUCCGAGUCCAAUUAACGACCAAAUAAUGUUGUUUGAACCAACCCCCUUGUAUUCAUGUAAUUUUGCCAUUUUCCAUCUUUGUCAUCUCAAUGGAUAUUAAAUUUUUGUUUUCUGAACUUCCAACCAGUGUUUUUCCCCCCUCUUCUGCCUAUAUAUACCCCCAAUGCUCUGAAAUGUUUCUCCUAUGUCCACCAAAUACCAUAUUCAAAGAGAAGGAUCAAGAAUUUCAAAUUAAAGCUAUAGCCUGAAUUUUACUCCAUUUUCGUACAUGGAUUCUUCAUAUUUCCAAUACCCAUAUUCUCAUUUCUCUCCUGAAUCAUCUUCUUCCCAUGUUUCUCAAGAAAAUUUGUCAUUAGACUCGUUCAAUUAUCCCCAUAACCAAGCCCUUCCCUUCAAUGAAAAUGACUCUCAGGAGAUGCUUCUCUUAGGAGUCUUAAACCAAGCCCAGGUAAGCUCCUUUGACACCACAUCGGUUAAUAACUCUAGAGAUGAUCAUGAAGUAAGCUCAAAAGCUAAAGAAGAGGAGUCUACCGGGGAGAUUUGUUACAGAGGAGUGAGGAGAAGGCCGUGGGGAAAAUAUGCAGCUGAAAUAAGGGAUUCAACAAGGAAUGGUGUUAGAGUUUGGCUUGGAACCUUUGAUACAGCCGAGGCUGCAGCUUUAGCCUACGAUCAAGCUGCAUUGGCAAUGCGAGGUUCCAUGGCUAUACUCAAUUUUCCAAUGGACAAAGUCUACGAAUCACUUCUAGAAAUGAACUAUAGAUUUGAACAAGGGUGUUCACCUGUUUUAACAAUGAAAAAAAGGCACUCAAAUAUCAAAAGAGGGAUGAUGAAGAGGGUCAAAAAAGAAAAGGAAAUUAUGAGGAUGGAAAAUAUGGUGGUCUUGGAGGAUCUAGGAGCUGAUUACUUGGAGGAACUUCUUAGCAUAUCCGAGAGUUCUACUCUUUGAUAAUUUUUUCGAUAUUCAAAGGUUGUGUAGAAUUAAAUUCUGAUAAUUGAAAUUAAAAAUUCAACAUCAUAUCAAUAAA